AUGCAACUCCAAGAACUUAACAGUUGCUUUAAUGAAGCAAAUUCUGAAUUAUUACUCUGUGUUGCGUGCUUGAGUCCAGAUGACAUGUUUGCGUCUUUUAACAAGGAGAAAUUACUUCGUCUUGCUCAAUUCUAUCCGAAUAAUUUUUCAGCAGUUCAACUUAUCACUUUAGACAACCUACUUGAAACAUAUAUCGUUGACAUGCAUUCUAGUGAUGAAUUUGCAACACUCAAAGGGAUUGGACAACUCGCUGAGAAAUUGGUAGAGAUGAAAAAGGAUGUCGUAUAUCACUUGGUUUAUUCAUUGGUGACAUUGUCAUUGAUUCUGCCAGUUGCGAUAGCAUCUGUUGAGAGAGCAUUUUCAGCAAUGAAUAUUGUUAAAAAUCGUCUACGCAACCGAAUUGGAGAUCAAUGGAUGAAUGAUUGUUUGGUUACGUACAUUGAGAAAGAUAUAUUUAAGACUAUCAGUAAUGAAGAAAUCAUGAAGCGAUUCCAAGCUUUGCCUGUGUGCCACUCAGUGUGGGUGUUGAUUUUGGGGUUUCUUUCAAACUCCCCCUUGUUUUAUUUUGUGUUUACUGCUGAUCUCCUUCGCUCGCUUUGCCACCCACCGUCUGCUGUUGGGUUUUUCCUUGAACCCUCCAACGAAGAGCCUCAACGCCCCCUGCUGCGAUGA